CGGACGUUUAUUGACAAUAUGGCCGCUGUGCUGGGUCUGGAUUUGGGGAAAAUUGUAAUUUGACAGCGCUCACCGGGGCUGCGAUACUCACCCGUUUCCACCUCUGGCGUGUGCGGGACCGAUGCAUUUGAAUGAAGGGACCCGCCAACCCACGGGAUGGUGUCAGUGAGCUGAGGAAACCUUCAGAGAGUCAAACCCGUCAUGUCGUUUUUCAAGAGAAAAGCCAAAAGCAAAGAACCUGAGAGAGUGACGGAUGCUAAAGUCAAUAGAGCUCCACCCAGCCCUCACUCUCCAUCACUAGGACUGAGGAACCACCAUGCCAUCCAGGAAGCUGCUGGGCCCAGCCAUGUGGCCAUCAACGCCAUCUCUGCCAACAUGGACUCCUUCGCCCGCGGUCGCACGGCGAUCCUCAAGAAACAGCCGAGUCACAUGGAGGCUGCGCACUUUGGAGAUCUGGGUCAUUCCAGUGUGAACUAUCAGCCUCAAGAGACCCGCUCUCGGCUUUCCAAGACAGUCGAGCAAGUCCUCCGAGACAAUGUGGCGAUACCCCACUACAUGCAUUUCAUGGAACUACAGGGCGCCGACCACCUGGUUCGCUUCUGGUUGGAGGCCGAGAGUUUCCGCUCCACCAGCUGGUCGCGGGUCCGAGCGCACAGCCUAAACUCUGUCAAACACAGCUCUUUGGCCGAGCCCGUCCCAGCCUCCGCAGAUGGCUCUGAGCUUCCGGAGUUCGCCCAACACACACCCAACGCUCUCUCCCGGGACAGUAGCAGCGAGCGCCGGACAGUGCACUCAGAGCAGCGGGACUCGUCCAGCACAGACGCAGGCCUGAGACCCGGCACCCCUCGAGCAGAAACACCCAGCAGGCAGGCACCCUCGAGGACAGGGACUCCCUACAAGGGACAGUCGAACAGCACCCUGCGAGACCUUUCUGACAAGCUCAUGAAAAGUAUAGAGAAAGAUGCAGUCACCAUCUUCACCAAAUUCAUCUCUCCAGACGCUGUGAGGCCCAUCCCCAUCACAGAGCAGAUCAGAAACGAUAUAGUUGCUAAGAUAUGUGGAGAGGAUGGCAUGGUGGAUCCAAACUGCUUUGUCAUUGCACAGUCGGUAGUCUUCACCAUCUUGGAGCAACAGCACUUUAGCGAAUUCCUGCGGAGCCAUCAUUUCUGUAAAUACCAGAUCGAAGUGUUGACGAGUGGCUCCGUGUUCCUGGCUGACAUCUUAUUCUGCGAGUCAGCUCUCUUCUACUUCUCUGAGUACAUGGAAAAGGAGGAGGCGAUGAAUGUACUGCAGUUCUGGCUGGCGGCAGACAACUUCCAGAACCAGCUCGCAGCUAAAAAGGGCCAGUAUGACGGGCAGGAGGCUCAAAAUGAUGCCAUGAUCCUCUACGACAAGUAUUUCUCACUCCAGGCUACCAACCCUCUGGGCUUUGGCGACUCUGUGCGGAUGGAGAUAGAGUCGAAUAUCUGCCGAGAGGGGGGGCCGCUCCCUGACUGUUUCACCACUCCACUCAGACAGGCCUGGACCACCAUGGAGAAGGUCUACAUGCCAGGCUUCCUGUCUAGCAACCUUUACUACAAAUACCUGAGUGACCUCAUCAACUCGGUGCGGGCAGACGAGUUUGUGAAUGUCAGCGCUCCAGGUCACGGCGGGCCGGCGGACAGCGACCGUUCAAGUUCAAAUGCCAGCGAGGGUUCUCAGACUCAGCAAGGUGCCAAGAGGGCAGUGAUCAAGAUCCUGAAAAACUUUGACGAGGCGAUCACGGUGGACGUGGCCAGCCUGGACCCUGAGUCCUUGUACCAGCGGCCAUACGCUGGAAGGAUGACGUUCGGGAAGGUGAACGAGAUGGGCCAGUUUAUCAGGGAGGCAGAGCCGGAGCCGGACGUGAAGAAAUCCAAAGGUUCCAUGUUUUCUCAAGCCAUGAAGAAAUGGGUCCAGGGCAACUCCGAUGAGGCCCAGGAGGAGAUGGCAUGGCAGAUCGCCAAGAUGAUUGUCAAUGACGUUGUCCACCAGUCAAACCACGACAGCCCCGGCAAAUCCACCAAGUUAUGACCCCACUGAGGAACCAAAGGACUGUCACUCCCUGCAGACGCUGGUCAAGCCAGUGACAUACUGUACACAGGGUUCGCCCUACAAUGAGAACGAACAAGGCAUUUUAUCACCUCCCCAUGUGUCUGUGCGUGUGUGUGUGUGUGUGUGUGGCUGUGAGCGCGGGUGAGUGAUUGUCCACGCAUGGGCUAAUGGAAAAGUUGAAGUUACAUCAUUGUUCCAAUCUUCCAACUCCAUCAUAACACUAUAAAGGUACACGUGUAGUCGUCGCCAAAGGUAAAGCACAUCCAAGUGCUUACAUCAUACUGGAGGACGUCACUCCCGAAGAAAUGGAAACGUACAACUUGAAGAAAGCCGGCACGAAGAAGAAGCAGCAUGUCAGUCGGGGCCGUCGCUGUGUUGCUGUAGCCAUAUCUGAAAAACGUCUGUUAUCUGGGACCUAUGGAGGACGUUACAAAGACUGAAUUACCUGCACUCCUUCAUGACACGCCUCCCCACACCUUUUAUAACCAUUCCUUGUUUUUAGGUUAAACUCUCCCUCAAAGGUCAGCCACGUUAAGCAGAUGAGCAUUAGCGUUGUACAGUUUUUUUGCAUACGCUUCCCUCAGCCUGCCCGGAGUAGUGUUGUCUGCUGUUUUACGUACUGUAGAGCGUUUUGGAACUGAAAUGACAAUGAAACAGAAGAAAAGCCGAUGAUCCUGGCUGAACCUCCUAUACGAACCUCCUGGCACCUUUACAGAGCGUAGAAGAAGAAAUACUCCCUUAUUGAACUUAAGUGCUCCAUUUGUGUUGGAAAACUCCAAACUCCAUGUCCUAAAUGUUCUAUAUAUAUAAAUAUAUAUAUGUAGAUUUCUGGUUUACCCCAUAUAUUAAUGUUAGUCCUUUUUUAUGGUGAUCGCUGUUUUUUUUUUUUUUUUAUGCAUCACUGAAACGUCAGUGGUGACCGGACUGUUCAACUGGAAAGUGUGCUCAGUGAAUUAAACUCCCCCUUUUUUUUUAUUUCUUUAGAGCCUUACCAAGAUGUGGAAAAGAACCAGAAAAGACUCUUGGUACUAUGUACCACUAAUGUUUUCUGACAUGUAUGUGUACUUAAUCUAUAAUAUAUUUAAAUUGUGUUUGAUUUAAAUACAUAUAUUAUGAAAUGUU